GCCAUCAACCAUAAAUUUGAGAAUUUAUUCAACGUUUAGCUGUUGGUUGUAGCAUGUUAUUGUUGACUAUUUAAAAGAGUUAAUUUCCUUUAAUAUAUUCAGUAUUAUGGGUGCCAUUGUUAAAUCAAAUCAUCGGACUAGUAAAUUAUCAAAAACCAAAAUCUCUUCAUGUUAUGUGAAAUGGAAAAAAAUUUCUCCACCUCGUGUAUUAAUAGUGUUUAUGUUAAUCAUACAUUUCUUUUGCCCAUCCGUAUUAUGUUAUUCUUCAUUUAUAUCGGCUAGAAGAAGUUUGUUGCAAAAUAGUGACUUUAAUUCUUUCCCUCAAUUGUCUGAUAAAGAAAGCCACAAUAAUCAAAAUGAUGUCGAAGUCGAUGAAUAUGUCGGCUCCCGUAGACAUGCUAGGAGUACGGAUAGCAAAUUACAAAUUCACGGAUUCCGGAUAGAAUCGGCUGAAAAUGAAGUGGAAUAUGGUGAAGAUGGUGUUCCGAGUGUACUCUGCGAAACGGAAGUUUUGAUUCGAAUCUUUGGAGUCGGAAUAACAAAUCAAACUAUUAUUGGUUUUAUGAGAGAACCACCUAAUAUCAACAGAGUGUGCUAUCCUCCAACAUCGGCAGUAUUUCAUGUAAAUAGUGAAAGUGUAACUGAUACAACUGCACUGUAUAAAAUAAAAUUGCCAAAAGGAACUGAACAUUUUUAUAUGUGCGCAAAAAGCAAUGAUUUAACUGCUGAGUCGGAUCAAUUUGAACACCAAGGAGAAGAUCUUUGGUUACAAAUAGGAACAUAUGAAACUAUGCUGCCGUUGUGGGCUUCAAUUCUUGUGAUAAUUACGUGUUUGUCGUUUUCUUCUUUGUUUUCUGGUUUGAAUCUUGGUUUGAUGUCUAUGGAUCGUACCGAACUCAAGAUUCUGAAAAACACCGGAACUGAAAAAGAAAGAUUGUUCGCUAGUAAGAUUCAACCAGUGAGAGAUCGAGGAAACUAUUUGUUGUGUAGUAUUUUGUUGGCAAAUGUGUUGGUUAAUUCCUUGUUUACAAUUUUAUUGGACAGUUUAACAUCUGGUCUUAUAGCUGUUAUAUUUUCUACGUUGGCAAUUGUUAUUUUCGGUGAAAUAACACCUCAAGCAUUUUGUUCGAGACAUGGUCUUUCUGUAGGCGCAAAAACAAUCUACAUAACUAGAGCUGUGAUGAUACUAACAUAUCCUUUGUCAUACCCGACAUCCAAAGCUUUAGAUUGGUGCCUUGGUGAAGAAAUCGGAAAUGUUUAUAAUCGUGAGCGUCUUAAAGAACUCGUCAAGGUUACAACAGGAAUCAAUGAUUUAGAUAAAAACGAAGUAAAUAUUAUUUCCGGUGCUCUAGAACUUCGAAGGAAAACAGUUGGUGAAGUUAUGACACACAUCGAAGACGCAUUUAUGCUGUCCCUCGAUUCUAUACUUGAUUUUGAAACAGUAUCCGACAUCAUGAAGUCUGGAUUUUCAAGAAUACCUGUUUACGAAGGUCAUCCCAAAAAUAUUGUUACACUACUCUAUAUCAAAGAUUUGGCAUUUGUUGAUACCGAUGACAAUACUCCGUUGAAAACAUUGUGUGAAUUCUACCAAAAUCCUUGUCAUUUUGUUUUCGAAGAUGUCACACUCGAUAUUAUGUUUAAUCAAUUUAAAGAAGGCAAUAAAGGACACAUGGCAUUUGUGCACCGUGUAAAUAAUGAAGGUGAAGGAGAUCCCUUUUACGAGACAAUUGGGCUUCUCACUUUGGAAGAUGUUAUUGAAGAACUUAUUCAAUCUGAAAUUAUUGAUGAAACUGAUGUUUUUGUUGAUAAUCGAACAAAAAUCAGGAGACAAAGAAAUAAAAAACAAGACUUCAGUGUGUUUGCGGAAAGGAAAGAACAUCAGGCUAUUCGAAUAUCGCCCCAAUUGAUUUUAGCCACAUUCCAGUACUUAAGCACAGCCGUCGAUGCUUUCAAAAAAGACACAAUAUCUGAGUCUAUCCUGCGCCGUUUACUUAAUCAAGAUAUUAUCCACCAUAUCAAAAGUAAAGGCAAAGAAAAAGAUGAUCCCUGUUUGAUUAUUUUUCAACAAGGCAAGCCAGUGGACUUUUUUGUACUUAUAUUGGAAGGCCGUGUUGAAGUCACUGUCGGAAAAGAAAACUUAUUAUUUGAAAGUGGACCAUUUACUUACUUUGGUACACAAGCGCUUUUGCAGAAUAUUGUUUUAGAUUCACCAAAUCAGGCACCAAAUCAAAUCAAAGGCUCGUUACAAUCCCUUAAUGUCGAUUCAGUUUUGCGACAAACUUUUGUACCCGAUUAUUCUGUACGUGCAGUUGGUGAUGUUACGUACAUAGCAGUAAAGCGUAGCCUUUACCUAACCGCAAAGCGUGCAACAUUAUUGGAAAAGUCACGAAAAUCAGGAGUUGAAAACGAAGGUGAAGCGAUAGACGCCGAAGUCGAAAAGUUGCUUCAUUCACUUAACGAAGACGAACAACUUCCACGAGCAAAUCCUAAGAAGUCCAUACUACUGCAGAGUGGCAGCACGACUCGCUCACCAUCCUUAAAUGAACCGACUCUUAGUGAAAAAUUGUGUUCUACUACAAAUAACACAAAGGCACGUAGUAACGCAGCAAGCCCUGAAGCCGCCGAUAAGAGUGGAAAGGAAAUUGGAAACAAUCAUACAAUUGCUGAACCCCAAAAUGACGUAGAUUCAGUGGAAAAUAAUUCAAUUGUCACGGCUCCGUUACUUCCAAAAACCUUAGAAGUUUUUAAGUAAUAUUAAGGAUAAACUUAAUCGGCAUAAAGUUAAUUAGUUUCACAACCGUUGUUCGGAUGAUUUUUCGAAAAUUAUAUUUUGUUUUUAAACGUAUACCUCGAAAUGUACAUUUUCGUACACUUGCAAUUGUCUCUGUACUUAAGUAAAAAUUUAGGACCUUCUAACUAAAGUUCUCUUAUUCUAUCUACCUUAAUAUAUUUAUAUAUAUAAUGGAUUUAUCCGAGAUAUUUCAUGUAAAAAUAAACUUGUAGUAAUAUUAUUACUGCUGUUAUUUGGUAUGUAUGUACGUUUUUUAAAGAUUUUACAUGCGACCGUUUUUUUUUUUGUUUUUUAGUAGCUUACAAUCAGUAUAACUGAAAAGAGAUUUUUUAUUUAAGUUGAAAAAUGAACAAAACAAGGAAAUACUAAUUUAAUAUCGAAAAUAAAAUAAUAUUGUUAUUUA